UAGUGUUCUGUGCUAUAGCCGCCCGCCCGUUCGAGUACCCGUACCGUGUACGGAGCCAUAGGAGUGAGCGAGACAGAGCGGACGGAGCGGAAAGAGAGAGAAGGACGUUGACGGUCGUCAGUGCGUGCGAGCGAGAGGGGAAAAAAAUCCACCUCUCCGUUCAUUGAUUGAGAUUGACAUUCCACCGAGCACCAGCACUCGGUAGUCGCUAGUAAUAAUAAUAACCAUAAUCUUAAUAACAGCGUAAAAUCGUUUUAUUAUUUAUUAUUAUCAUUAUUAUUUUUGUUAUUGCAUUUCGACAUCGGUGUACCGUUCUGCCGUGCUAGCUAGCACACAAGUCACAACGUAUCGUCGCCGUUGUCCGCACACGCGCCCGCGCCCCGUUUUUUUUUUUUUUGCACACACGGUAAAUAAUAUUAUCACCGUCAUUGUCUCGGCGACAUCAUCGGUGUAUUGGACAAUACGCGCGGACGUGUGUUGUGUGUACUCCCGUGGCCACCAAAUAGCGUCCAUGACAAUUCCGAAGUGCACCGUCGUCGACGUCCACACAACGAUCGCAUCACCGCUUCCUGUUCCAUCGUAGGCGACAGCCGUCGCCGUCCGCAUCAAGCUGCAAACGGCAUCCAGGGCUUGCCGAACGUCCAGUACAGCUGCAUCCGCCAACUACCUGAGAGCAACCGUCGCCAUGCAGCCAACCAUCCUGUGUCUGGCGCUCGUUUGCGCUACCCUCGUACCUACGGUACUAGCUGAAUCUAGUAAAAAUGUUUCAUCCAAUCCCAUACCACUGAAAUCGGAUAAAGAUGAUCUGUUUAUAGACGAUCCAUCAGAGCACGGGGAAGAUACUGAUACUGACAAAAUAGAAGCUGAUGAUAUGAUGUUAGGUGAAGAAGGAAGUGGUAACGGUCCUGCCCCUAAAGGAACUGGCGCUGAAGACAUGGAAUCAAGUGGCUCAGGUUACGGGCCCGACGAUGAAGAUGCUCAGGUCGGCAACAAAGGCAAAGGAAAAGCUGGACCUGAUGCCGAAGACGAAGAUGAAGAGGAGGACGAGGACGAUAAGGAAGAUGAGGAUGAAGAUGAAGAUAUAGAUGUACCUGAUGACAAAAUAUCGGUACAUAAAAGUAAUCCUACAACAAGUUCUACAUCAACUACUACAACUACUACCACCACAACAACAACAGAGGAUCCUAACUCUGAGGAAGAAGAAUCAAGAAUAUUAAUCAAUAAGCCCAAACCGAAAUCCAACUAUGAUACCGUGGAACAGCCUAGUAUACCAGAAGUACCUCAGACGUCUACUUCAACUAGCACACUUCCGCCACCGCCGUCAAACGGAAUCGAUGAGCAUUCCAGCAAUGGCGUUUACAUCAGUCCAAACAGCCAUCCGGAGCGGACGACCUCGUUUUUCGCACAACCUGGCAUACUUGCGGCGGUCAUCGGAGGUGCCGUUGUGGGGUUGCUGUGCGCCAUUCUUGUCGUGAUGUUCAUCGUGUACAGAAUGCGUAAAAAAGACGAAGGCUCGUAUCCACUUGAAGAAACGAAGCGUUCGCCGGCUACCAACCCAUACCUGAAAUCCACACACCGAGAGUUCUAUGCAUGAGCACACGUUCAUGAAGAAGUGUGUUUUAUUUAUGAGCCUUUGAACAUAGUAUACGUUAUCAUAUUGUAUAAUCCACUUCCACCACCUUGAAACCCAUACAUAUUUUUGAAACUUUCGGUUAUACGCAGUUAACGCGACAAUGUUGGCGUGCACACAAUUUAUUUAUUGUAUUUUUUUUUUUUUUGCUGUGAAUUAUACACGUCGCCAAAUUUGGUACUAGUUGUUCAAAAGUAAGCUUCACUUUUCAAUCAAAUUUACUUUAAAUAAGUGUAGUAUAACUGAAUUUUGACUAUCCCAUGACUUCAAAAAAAAAAAUAUAUAUAUAUAUAUAUAUAUUACGUAAAUUAUUGUACAAAUUACUAUCGCUACUAAUGAUUUAUAGCCGGAGUUUGUCUCACUGUUUCUUUGUGUCUUCCCAAUUUCAUUUGGAAAACUAGUAAAUACGUAAACAAAAUUCUAUAUUGUAUAAACUAUUAAUAUUAUCGAGUUGGCGUACCAUAAAAAAAAAAAAAAACGAUAGCCAAUAAUAAUUUAUAAUAAUAUCGUCCAUCUCGAGUCUUGUUCUUUCAAUGAAAAAGGAUACUUUUAUUCGACUAAUUUUCUCAACACGGAGAAUAAGACUUAACAUUAAUAUCAUAUGAAAAUAAUAGAGGAUUUAUAAUUAUGUCGUAUUGGUUUGGUACGGAUCGCUUUCUAUAUAGUAUCAAAAAAAAAAAAAAAGUACUGAUUAUCGCAAAUUAAUUUGAAAACUCAAGUUUUAUUAUUAUUUGUUGAAAUCCAUUUUUAAUUUUUUUUUAAUUAAAUUUAAGUUUAUAGGCAGUAUUAAAACGAAAUUUUUAAAAUUUGUUCAUUCAAAAGACCAAUUUUAAAUGGUUUAUUUUGAAAACCAGUAACCAUUUAAAGAAUCUUAGCCGACACAAUUGUGUGCCAUCAGUUUUGUUGGUCCUUGGGCCCUGUUUAUAUAUUAUAUUAAAAUGUUUUCCAUUUUAAAACACUUUGUAAAUAAUGUUUAGACAUAACAAAUUAUUAUUACUACUUAAUAGUUUCUAAUAUUUUUUAUUAUAUAUUAAUAAUUAUAUUUAUUUAGUUUAGUGUGAAACUAACUACAAGUAUACUGUACCCCCACUGCGUUUUAUAUUCUUUUUUUUUUUAUUUUGUACAUAUAUAUUUUUACUGAUGAAAUAAAAUCAUUACCUAAAAUUGGAAAACUACCAA